AUGGCCUCCUUUGAAAUGGAGGCUCCCCCUCACCACCCGAAAACCGUCGACGAAGACGAGUGGUCCGACUCACCGGUCGAGCAGGUCCGUCUGACCGUACCCAAUGACGACGACCCGACCCAACCCGUCUGGACCUUCCGCAUGUGGUUCCUGGGGCUCCUCUCUUGCGUGCUCCUCUCCUUUCUCAACACUUUCUUCAGCUACCGUACGGAGCCACUCGCCAUAACCAUGAUCUCCGUACAGGUGGCCACUCUCCCCAUCGGACGGUUCAUGGCAGCCGUGCUCCCGAAGAGGAAGUUUAAUUUGUUCGGGUUGUGGGAAUUUACUUUGAACCCGGGCCCGUUUAACAUGAAAGAGCACGUGCUUAUCUCGAUUUUCGCAAACGCCGGCUCAGGCACGGCUUAUGCUGUCGGGAUUGUUGACAUCAUCAAGGCUAUUUACCGGAGGAAAAUAUCCUUCAUCGCCAGUUGGAUUCUUGUUAUCACUACUCAGGUUUUGGGUUAUGGAUGGGCUGGGAUUAUGAAGAAGUACGUGGUAGAGCCUGCAGAGAUGUGGUGGCCAAGCUGCCUCGUUCAAGUUUCACUCUUCAGAGCCCUUCACGAAAAAGACGAACGCAAGAACUCGCGCGCCCGUUUCUUCAUGAUUGCCCUCGCGUGCAGCUUCGCGUGGUACAUUUUCCCUGGCUACCUCUUCCCGACCCUCUCGAGCAUCUCCAUCCUCUGCCUCGCCUUCCCAAAGUCCGUUCGGGCCCAACAAAUAGGCUCGGGAAUGCGUGGCCUCGGCAUAUUCUCAAUGACCCUCGACUGGUCUGUCGUGGCUUCCUAUCUCGGUAGCCCGCUCGUCUCGCCCUUUUUCGCCAUAGUAAAUGUCUUUGUCGGCUACGCGGCCGUUGUCUACUUAAUUAUGCCAGUUGCGUAUUGGGGGCUCAACCUCUACAGUGCAAAGACAUUUCCCAUUUUCUCCUCGCAUUUGUUUAACCGUAACGGUGGGACCUACGACGUGUCGUCUAUCGUGAACGAUAAGUUUGAGAUCGACUUGCCGGCUUACGAGAAGCAGGGUCGGAUAAAUCUGAGCGUGUUUUUCGCGCUCACGUACGGGCUGAAUUUCGCGGCUGUCAUGGCCACAUUAACUCAUGUCGCGUUCUUUAAUGGAAAGGAAAUUUGGGGGCGUUUUCGCGCGUCUUACAAGAGUAAAACGGACAUUCACACGAGGCUGAUGAGGAAAUACGAAGAUAUACCCGGUUGGUGGUUUUACGGGAUGCUUGCAAUAACGUUGGUUGUGUCGCUGGCGCUUUGCAUUUUCAUGAGAAAGGAGGUUCAGCUUCCGUGGUGGGGCCUACUUUUCGCGGCGGCUCUUGCGUUGGCCUUUACGCUCCCCAUAAGCGUUAUUACAGCAACUACCAAUCAGACACCGGGACUUAACGUAAUCACGGAAUACAUAAUGGGAGUGAUAUAUCCCGGGAGGCCGAUUGCCAACGUUUGCUUCAAAACCUACGGAUACAUAAGCAUGAGCCAAGCCAUUGGGUUUCUCAACGAUUUCAAGCUCGGCCAUUACAUGAAGAUCCCACCUAGAUCCAUGUUCAUAGUUCAGCUGGUGGGGACUAUUAUAGCGGGGUCAAUAAACGUUUGCGUAGCAUGGUACCUUUUGACGAGCGUGGCCAACAUCUGCCAAGACCAGCUGCUGCCCGCAAACAGCCCGUGGACCUGCCCGAGUGACCGGGUUUUCUACGAUGCGUCAGUUAUAUGGGGGCUUGUGGGGCCCAAGAGGAUUUUCGGGGUGCUCGGGAAUUACGGAGCCCUCAACUGGUGUUUCCUUAUCGGGGCAUUGGGCCCAGUUGUGGUGUGGGGUUUCCACAAGUUGUUCCCGAGCCAGGGAUGGAUAAAGCUGAUCAACAUACCCGUUUUGCUCGGGGCCACGGCUAUGAUGCCACCGGCCUCGUCGGUCAACUACAACAGCUGGAUAGUUGUGGGGACGAUUUUCAACCUAUUUGUGUACCGAUACAGAAAGGGUUGGUGGCAGAGGUACAACUAUGUUCUGUCGGCAGCGCUUGAUGCGGGGCUGGCUUUCAUGGGGGUAUUGUUGUACUUUAGCCUCGGGAUGGAGGAAAAGGGGGUCUCGUGGUGGGGUUCGGCUGGGGAGCAUUGUGACUUGGCCGCGUGCCCGACUGCAAGGGGAGUGGUAGUUGAUGGGUGUCCAGUUUUCUAG